AUUGACGGCAAAGCAAGAGGAACAAACAGAGAUAAGUGGCGAGGCUGUUUCGGACAUGAUAUUUUCUCGUUUUAAAACAGCGGACUUGAUGCCAAAACCUUUUCUGCGAGCGAACGAACAAGGCUGAGAUAAUAGCUAUUGGUCCCUAUCCAGUCCUGAUCAAGAUUCUGUUUUUAGGUUGACGACCCGUCGGUAGAGGUAGCGUAAGCCUCUACCUGCUCCGGAUUACUGUCAGUAUGAUGUUUCUUCUCGGUGACUUUUGCACUUGUCAUCUGAAUAAUAAGUAACGGUGUCGACCUCACGGGCAGCCAUGGGGAUGUGCCACAGCUUCAGGUCCAGGUUAUUAGGAUCCCAGUCUGCGCGAGCCUACACCGGGCGCUCGGGCGCUCCCGCGGGGUUAGAUGGCGAGUCUGGACCAACGGACAGCUCCGCCACGGACCCGCAGCUGCGCGAGCGCCUCCUGUUGGAGGAGAGAGCACGGGCUAAAGCCGGGGAAAAGCGAAGCCGGAAUAUAGACAAGAGCCUUAAAGCUGAGAAGAGAGAGUACCUGCAAACGCACCGGCUCCUGCUCUUAGGUGCUGGGGAGUCUGGGAAAAGCACCAUUGUCAAGCAGAUGCGCAUUCUACACGUCAAUGGCUUCAACGCAGAAGAGAAGAAACAGAAGAUUCACGACAUAAAGAACAACAUAAAGGAGGCCAUAGAGACUAUAGUAACAGCCAUGACCACGCUGGCCCCUCCAGUCCCUCUAGCUAGUCCACAGAACCAGUUCCGGAUCGAAUACAUCCGUAACCUGGCCAAUCAGAAGGACUUUGAGUUCUCAUCUGAGUUUUAUGAACACACUAAAAGCCUUUGGCGGGAUGAUGGGGUGAAGGCCUGCUUCGAGAGAUCCAACGAGUAUCAGCUGAUCGACUGCGCACAGUACUUCCUAGACAAGAUUGACAUUGUGAAACAGAGUGACUACACCCCCACAGACCAGGACCUUUUGAGAUGCAGAGUUCUGACAUCUGGGAUUUUUGAGACAAGAUUCCAAGUGGACAAAGUCAAUUUCCAUAUGUUUGACGUUGGAGGUCAGAGGGAUGAACGCAGAAAGUGGAUCCAGUGCUUCAAUGAUGUGACAGCCAUCAUCUUCGUGGUGGCGAGUAGCAGCUAUAACAUGGUGAUCCGAGAGGACAAUCACACCAACCGCCUGCAGGAGGCGCUCAACCUCUUCAAGAACAUCUGGAACAACCGGUGGCUUCGGACCAUCUCAGUCAUUCUCUUCCUGAACAAGCAGGACCUGCUGGCAGAGAAAGUUCUAGCAGGGAAAUCCAAAAUCGAGGACUACUUCCCUGAGUUCGCACGCUACACCACGCCUGACGAUGCCACUCCUGAGUCGGGGGAGGACCCGCGCGUCACGAGGGCUAAGUACUUCAUCCGCGACGAGUUUCUGAGGAUCAGCACAGCGAGCGGAGACGGACGUCACUACUGCUACCCCCACUUCACGUGCGCCGUGGACACCGAGAACAUCCGCCGCGUCUUCAACGACUGCCGGGACAUCAUCCAGAGGAUGCACCUACGACAGUACGAACUCCUGUGAUUGGACGAGAGAGGACCACAGACUCCAGCCCCUAUAUUCCCUCUCUCUCUCUCUCUCUCUCACACACACACACACACACACACACACACACACACACACACACACACACACACACACUCCCCAUCCCAGACCCCCCCAACCUCCCUCCUGCCCUCUGCUGGUGACUCACGGUCUCGGUCGAGAGACGACUGACUGCAACUCAAACUCGUUAAACCACACACACACACACACACACACACACACACACACACACACACACACAUACACACACAUGCCUGAACAUGGCCAGGACUGCUAAACUCCCCCAGCACUCAGGACUGAGUCAAACAACACACACUCUCUUUCUCUCUCUCUCUCUCACACACACACACACACACACACACACACACACACACACACACACACACACACACACACACACACACACACACACACACUCCUGUGCUGGGGGUCCUGACUGCAGUGCCUGAGUGAUCCUGGCCUGUUGAGAUUCUUCUGCUCACGCUCAGAACCAGCCUCGCUGGGAACCUUUAGGAUGACCAAUCAGAGUGAAGGGGCUGGCCGCGAGGCUCCGCCUGCCUGCGUGACGGGCUGAUGAUUGACAGGACUGAGGGGGAAGUGUACCGUCAAGCAUAAACUUAUGCAGACAGUGAACUUCACGCUGAGCAAAAAAUACAAGCUAUAUAUAUAGAUAUUUAUAUAUGUGUGUAUAUAAAUAUGUAUAUAUAUAAAUAUAAAUCUCUAUAUAAAUAUUAUAUAUUCCUGUAUUAACACAAGUCAAC